AUGGACACCGAUGCAGAUAAAUAUGUUUCUGAAUUGCAAUGGCAAGCAUUUACAUAUUAGUCGCGAUUAUAUUAUAAGCUCACGGAUAUUUGUGAAUUAUGGUGACAGGGAUUUCAAUGAAUUUAAAAGAUAUUCUGGUGAUUUGGUUAAUGAUUGCAGCAACCGAAGCCAGAUUUGAGGACUUCGUAGUUAAAGAUCGGAACGACUUGACCCGGUUGGGCUAUGACGAUGACAUCGCCGAUGAGGAUUAUGCGCUUGAUGAAGCUUCGUUUUCGAAUAUAGAAUUUUUGCAGCAAUUAUCCGAAAUUGAACCAAACAUUAUGGAUUUCUUAAAUGGCGUUUCGCUGGAGGAUAUGCCACCGGGUUUGCUCCGGAAACUGCAACAAUAUUACACAAUGAUGGACUCAGCAACGUGUAUGGACGACGAUGAUAUGUGGCAGACUGGGGAGUUUUGGAACUCUUAUGAUAUAAAUAGAUUCGAUGAUACAUUACAGCUUGAGUAAACUUACUUUAACUUUUAAGAUACGAAUAUGACUCUUCCAAUACAUGUUUCAUAAGACACUUACGCCCAAAUAGCAAUUUGAUUUCAUCAAUCCACCAGCCAAAAAUGUAACUGAAUAUUUCCAAAAGUGAACUAAACAA